CAUGCCACGGUGUGGCGUAUUCUACAAGAAAUAAAAAAUGAAAAAAAGAAGAACUUCUCUUGAAAUCCUGAUCCUUAAACAAUUGCCUGUAACAACACUUAAAUACAUAACGGGUAUAGACUGCCAUACACGGUCGUAUUCUCAAAUGCAGGCACACCAGCGGACAUACUCGAAAUACCCAUAAGAAAACAACAAGCAACAAGAGCAGCUUCAUACGAAGUUUGCGUAUCUAAACAAAAGACAUUGAAAACAAAGUUAAGAAACAAAACACCAAUAAAAUCAAAUAAAACUCAAAAUUUAUGAGGUGAAAAUAAAAAAGAACAACAUCAUCAACAACAACAUUAAAGUUUAUUUUUUGUUCUUCCAUUUUUGUUUUUGUGUUGGUUAUUGGUUUGCCAACCAUCAGUAAAUCUUAAUUUUCCGGUUAUUUGAUUUGUUUCAGUUCGAAAAAUUGUUACGCUCAAAAUGUGUAUUUGUAUGUUGGCAUUAAUAUUUGUAACAAUGACUUAUGGCGUGGUGCAGUGUUUACGUCAUUGCCGUAAAUCCAAAGAAAAGAAAAAUAAACAAGAAUAAAAUGAAAAAACAAAAUGGGCAAGGAUGGUGUUUAGAGUGGCAGACAAGGCAAAUGAUCAGAUAGGACCUCGAGUAAAAAGUGUAGAAAAUAAUAAUUUAUCUUAAUCUUUAAAGGGAAAGAAAAAAACGGCUGACUGACUGGCUGCUUGAUUUUAAGCCAAAUAAAAAAUGGAAAAGAGAAAUGAAAAAAUUCUAGUUAAAAAUAAAUAAAAAAAUAUCCAAGAGCAAAAAAAAAAUAAAAAUAUGAAAACUGCCAAGCAACCGUGAACAAAAUGUCAAACUGAAUAACAACAAGCUCUACGAGGUCAUCAACAUAAAUUACAACGAACCUGACCACCAACUCUGAGCAAAAAGUCAAAGCAUUAAACAAAUGUCAUGAUUUUCUUAUCUAUUUUCAACUUAAUUUUUUUAUAUCUCCACAAAACAGAUAUCCAGGGAAGGAGAUUAAUGAAAUGUUCUCAGAAUGCAGCAGAAAUGUGAAAAAAAUAAAUAAAGAAUAUGGAAAAGUUUAAAAUUACAUAAAUUAAGUAUGCCAUAGAUAUAACUUAUUAAAAAUCAGUAUUGGCAAAAGGAGUGCUCAAAUUCUUACAGGAUCUCAUAAAAUAAUAAAAUUAAAGAAAAUAAGCCCAAAUAUAUAAUAAACUAAACUAAAAAAAUAUAUAGUCAAAUUGAAUCAAAGAGGUUUAUGGCAAAAUAAUCCUCCUGACAAAUGACCGGAAUUUAAUUGAGGCAAAUCUUUAAAUUAUUUCCUAAAAGAAAUAUAAUAUUUAAACAAAAUUGAUAUUUGUGGUAACGCGCGGGAAAAAGGCCACAACCGGUGAAUAAUCGUAAACAAGUAAAUUAAAAAAAAAAUAACUCAAAAAAUUAUUUUUUAUAAAGUGCGCCAAAAAUAAAAGCAGUGCCAACUUUACAUAAAAAUCAAAGUCGAAUGUCUCAUUAAAACAAAUAAUAAAAAAGGAUAUACAUUUUAUUAACGACACUCCCUGCUAAAGAUAAAAUAAUUUAAGAGGAACGAUACAGAAUUAUCAACGAUAAGAUAUUAAUUAUAAAUUAAUUUAAACACAUGUAGAAAGAUUUUGAAAUCACGUACUUAAAUCUGUGUGUGGAAGGAAAUAAAUAAUUAAAGAAAAUACAUACAACAUAAUAUUAAAUUAAAUCUGAAAUAAUAUCUUACAAUGUAAUGACGUGAUAUUGAAGCUCAAAUUCAUAAACAAGUGUAGAAUAUUGAAAAUAGUAGUUAAAAAUAAUAAAAGCAAAUAAUCGAAUGACAAAAAUGAAUUUAACCUGAAUAAACCAAGGAAUGCAGAGCAAUUAGUAAAACAUUCGAUCAAGAGGACCGACGAUUUUGAAUUUAUUAGCAACUAUAAAACCGAAGGAUAUUGGAUUUUAAGGCAGUGUGGAAAUAAGGUCAUCAGAAAGAUGUCCGUAACGAGCAAAUGGAUGAAAUGCUAUGGCUGCCUGCUCAUCUUUGUGCAACUGGCAAUUACAAUUGUAAUCGCCUGUAGAGUUUCAGAAUAUCCGUGCAAGGGAAGCACGAAUAUUUGUAUACCUCUGGAUAAAUAUUGUGACGGCAAGGCUGACUGUGAGGAUGGCAGCGAUGAGCCGCGCCAUUGUACGGUCUGUAACCGCACCUAUUAUGGCGACAUUGGACGAACGUACUCCAUUAAGGUGCCAACACCGCAGUGGAAUAAACUCCCGUUUCUGUGUCACUUAACAUUCACAGCGUCAGGACACGAUCAAGGUGACAUUGUACAGAUAAUAUUCGACAGUUUUACUGUGGGUCGCUUUGACGAGGGUAUGGUCGAUUCAGAUGUGGAUGGCUAUGAGACGAGUCUUAGCCCCACAGGAGAAUUACCGGGAUGUCCAGAAGGCUUCAUGCAGCUGAGCGAAUUGGGACGUCCAUUUACAGGUGGCUCCUGGUGUGGGAAAGCCACAGGACCACAGUUAUAUUUCAGUGAAACAUCAACAGUGACAGCUUCGGUUAAGGUGUUCCAUCCACCCCGAAAUAUACAAGAAGACAAACCGUUUGAAUUUAGCAUAAGAUAUAAAUUUAUAAGUCAAUCGGAUGCUGUUGUCAGAUACGGCUUGCCCGAUAAGCCUCUGGAGCUGGGACGUGUCACGCCCGGCACAUAUUGUACACGUCAAUUCGAUGAAUGCUAUCGCAACAAAUGCCGUUUGCAAAGUCCCAAUUAUCCGGGCAUGUAUCCGAGAAAUGUCACGUGCUACUGGACCAUACGGCAAAAAGAAGUUCCUACCAGCAAACAUGCCAUGAUUGCUGUCAGCCAAGAAAAUCAACAUAAAGCUUUAGUUAAGAGGUCCAUUGCUAGUUUCAACAAAACCUCGCGUUCGAUACGUGCCUGGUCGGAUUGCACCGGUGAACGUGAUCAUUUGAUAUUUUACGAUGGCAGUUCAACUAAUGAUCCGGUCUUGGCCAAAUAUUGUGGCGGUGAUUGGUUACCAAAAGUUGUGUCACGUGGUCCCGAGAUGUUGGUGGCUUUUCAUUCCAGUCCAUUUUCGGCACCGCUGCAGCAGGGCAUACCAAAUCGUGGAUUUGAGCUCGAUGUGGAUAUACUUUUUACAGAUUCCGAUUCAUAUGAUUUCGCUCAGGGAUCGAAAAAUCAAUGCGAAUUUCAUAUAAAUGCUACAAAUCCAGACGAUGUUUUAUUCUCACGACGCGGAAGGAUGGGACGCAUAGUUAGUCCGCGUCAUACACUUCCGCCAAACACAACGUGCACAUACCAUUUUCAUGGUUAUCCUGGCGACCUAAUUUGGUUAUCAUUCACCAGCUACAAUCUACAAAUGCUGCAGCAGGCCAUUCACGAUAACAAUACGCUGGGUCGGACCGAUUUGCCACCCUUCAUCGUUCGUAUGCGUAUGUGGGACAGCUAUGGCACAUAUGUGCCAAUCAACAAACAAACAAGUGUUACAACAGGUCAACCACCUCCGCCGCCGCCUGUUGCUUCGUCUGCCGAUGGUGGCAAACCGACAUUGUUGGAUCCGGCCACUUACGGCAACAGCUACUACUACAGUCCACAGAAUCCCAAGCUGGGCAGAAAUUUACGUGUCAACAUUGAUAAUGCCUGGAAUCCGGUGGAUACCUACAUCUAUGGCCCGACCCAGUCGAGCAUCUUUAAUCAGGAGAAUAAAUACAGCGGUUAUCAGCAGCAAAGUGGUGGAGGCGGCGGUGGUGGUGGAGGCAAACAAUCCGGUGGCAAUGGCAUAAAUGCGGUAAAAGAAAGCUUAAAUUAUAUUUCAAGCGGCAAAAGUGGCAAAGAUGCUGGGCAAAGUAGUGGCAUCAGUGGCGGUGGUGUUGGCAAUGCCAUGGCUCUGAUGAGCACCAAGGGAAAACGACGUUUAAUGUUGGAAAUUUACGAUUAUUGGACACCUAAACUGUGCGAUCACACGGCAAUUAGCAGUACAGGCAACACAUUGGGUCUUAAUCGUCUGCGGCCAUGUAGUCCUUUGGAAAGUUAUGUUAGCACCGGCAGAGAUUUGAAAUUGGAAUUCCACACCCACACAGGCACUGCCCUCUUCCCUGCCCAAUUCUCUCUCAACUAUGAAUUUGUGGAUACCGAACAAGGCGGUGAGCCAUGGCCGGGACGCAGGGGAGAAGAACCCGUACCACCAUUGUGUUCAAGAGUUUUUCGCAAACGUAAGGGUAACAUUCAAGUGCCGCGCAAUGUAUUCCUCUACGGUCGGGGAGGUGCCAAAAAUCUAACCUGCCUCUAUCGUUUCGAAGCUGGACCUUCGGAGAGAGUACGUCUCGUGCUGCACAAUGUCUCCUUUGGCGAGGGCACAACAUGUACCACCGACAAUGAUCUGCACACUGGCCGACCGAAAUGCAAUCAACUGGAUCCCGACGGCCGCAUAACUGAACUGAAACUCUACGAUGUACCCUUUAGAGAUGUGAAAAUACAAAUGGGCUGUUUUUGUGAUAAUUCAUCGGCUUUGUACAACAAUGCCCCAUUGACAUUUAUUUCAAAUUCACGGAUAAUGGAGCUGACAUUUACCGUGUCCAAAUUGAAUAUAUCCGAAGAUUUUGCCGAUGUCAACUUUUUUGCUUCGUAUGAAUUCAAGCGUGUUAGCGAUUGUCGCAAACGUCUGAAAUUGAAGGGUGCCGGUGGUGAGGAUGAAAUCAAAUAUCCCAUGAAAUCACAAGAUUCCAGUUGUGAAGGCCUCUCGUGGUAUAUCGAGGCUCAAUCGUUGGAUAAAUCAUUAUUUGUACAAACCUGGGGUUCCUAUCUGCCCGUUGAUCCCACCUCAGAGGAUGCCAUGCGUUGUCAUACGAAAAAUCGUCUCAUGAUUUAUUCGGGACGUCCACUGAAGCCAAUGCGUGUUGUGUGUCCGGCCCAGAGUGGGCCAAGGCCGACAUCGUUGCAUAUAUUCUCGGAAGAUUGGAUGAAUGGCCAGCCGCUGUUCAGUAACAAGCCGGUCAGUUUGGUAUUGGAGCCCAUAUUAAAGGAACCCGGAGAUAUUGCCUUCACUUGGCUGGAGAUUUAUCGUACGAAAAAUGCAUUAUUACAACAAUUUGAUUUGCAAAGCAAUACAACAACCACCAGUACUGUGGGCGGCAGUGGUGGUGCUGGUGGUUCGUCAGGAGGCACCGGCACUGGUGGUGGUGUGAUUACCACAACAGGCACCAGUGGCAAUGAUACGCUAAGUGAUUUUGGAUUCUAUCCAAAAGAGUCAGACUGUGAAUAUAAAUGUCCUGAAAUUGAUGCAUGUAUAUCUGCCACAUUGUGGUGUGAUGGUCAUCACAAUUGUCCCUCAGGUUUCGAUGAAUCCGAAGAGGAAUGUGGUACAGCACGCAAACUGCUCGAACUACCUGGCGGUGUGUUCGCGGCGUUGGGCUGCAUAGCGGCGGCCAUAACCGCUUGCCUGAUAUUCUGCAUAUUUGGCUUACUGAGAAAACUAUAACGCUAAAGAAAAAUGGAAAAGAACUACUGUGUAAAUUAGGUACCUUUAAUAAAAACAAAAAAAAAACAAAAAAUAAUAAAUUAUAAAUAUUAAAACUGUAAUUGAAUGUCAAACAACAACAAAAAAAGCAAAACAAACUAAAUAUUAAUUAAUUUAAUUACAAACACAUCUACAUACAAUUAUUAAAAUAAAACACUCACUCACUCACCCACAUCAACAAAAAAACGCCCCAAAAAAUCCAUUAACAAAACCAUUUUUUUAGUUUUUAAGCUCCACCUAUUAUUCUAAUUAUAAUUAUUAUUAUUAUAUAAAUUUAAAAUGAAUUAAAACAAAAUACUUUAUUGUUAGUGGCACAAAAACAACUUAGUUAAAAGAAAACAAAAAAAGAAACAAAGCAAAGCACAAACAAAACAAACCAAACCAACCAACCAAGAAACCAAAUAAGGAAUACUUAAGCAAAAUGAAAUGGACUUUAUUCGUAGAAACGUAUGUAUAUGAAUUUUAGUAUUUAAAUGAAAUGAAAAACAAAAAACAAAAAACAAAAAAAAAAUUACUCUGUGUAUAAGGAAAUCUCGAAAGUGUUGUGAUGUCGUUAACAUGAUUCACAUGCAUAUAAACCAAGAAAAAAAAACAAAAAUGAAAAAUAAAACAAGACAAAAACAAAUUGAAAACUGAAACAUAUUUUUUUUAUUUUUCCCUAAUUCAACUGGAGGGCUGUAAAUAUUGGCAGAAAUUGGCAAAGCAUAUAAUUUAAUU